UAAACACGAGCUUGCACUUUGGAACUAUUGACCGAGUUCCACCACCUGAACAAUUUGUUAACGAGAGCUUUGGGCACUGGGAGGACGAUGGCAAAAAUCCCCCUCCUACUCUCCAUUUGUCUUCUGGGAGCUUUUCUUGGUGCCGAAAGUACAGUCUUUAUUGAGAACAAAGAGGCAAGCGAAGUUCUGCGCAGGCAAAGGCGAGCCAAUUCGAACAGGCUGGAAGAGGUUAUUUCUGGGAACCUGGAGAGAGAAUGCAUAGAAGAAAAAUGCAGCUUUGAAGAAGCCCGGGAAGUAUUUGAAAACACAGAGAAAACUAUGGAGUUUUGGAAAACUUACAUUGAUGGAGAUCAGUGUGACCCCAAUCCAUGCAAAAAUGGAGCUGUCUGUGAGGAUGCCGUAAGUUCCUACGUGUGCUGGUGCCCAGCUGGGUAUGAAGGCAGAAACUGUGAGAUAGACUUCACUUGUGCAAUUAAAAAUGGAGGCUGCAAGCACUUCUGCAGGCACGACCCACCGCAGAAAGUCGUGUGCUCCUGCGCCGCUGGCUAUAAACUUCAGGAAGAUGGAAAGUCCUGUGAACCUGCAGUGCCAUAUCCCUGCGGGAGGAUCACGGCUCCUGAUGUGAAGAGGAAGCUCACCCGAACCAUAAACACCUUCGAGCACUGGUACAUCACCACCAAUGAUGAGGAUGACACCCAUGAUGAGGCUCUCAACAUCACAGAAACCCCCACCACUGCCACCACCAAGAAAAUCAUACCGAUAAAUAAGACGGACACCCGGGUGGUCGGGGGAUCAGACAGCAUGAAAGGCCAGGUGCCCUGGCAGGUUCAUCUGGUGGACAGCGAAGGCCUGGGCUUCUGUGGUGGGUCCAUCGUCAAUGAGAAAUGGGUGGUGACGGCGGCACACUGCCUGAAGCCAGGGGACAACGUCACGGCUGUGGCAGGUGAAUACAACACGAAUGAGGAUGACAACACCGAGCAGCGACGUAAAGUGGUGAAAAUUCUUCCCCACCCCACGUACAAUGCCUCUGUCAACAAGCACCACAAUGACAUCGCCCUCCUGGAGCUGGACCAGCCCCUCACCUUCAACAGCUACGUCACCCCCAUCUGCAUCGGCAGCCGGGAGUUCACCAACAUGCUGCUGAAGCACGGGCAGGGCAUGGUGAGCGGCUGGGGCAGCACCUUCUACCGCGGCAGGCCCGCCGUCAUCCUCCAGGUGCUCACAGUGCCCUUUGUUGACCGGCUGACCUGCCUGAAAAGCACCUCCACCUCCAUCCAGCAGAACAUGUUCUGCGCAGGCUUCUCGGCUGGCGGCAGGGACACCUGCGGGGGGGACAGUGGGGGCCCCCACGCCACCGAGAUCGAGGGCACCUGGUUUCUGACGGGGGUCACCAGCUGGGGCGAGGAGUGUGCUAAGCCAGGCAAAUAUGGCAUCUACACCAAGGUCUCCAAGUACGUGAAGUGGAUCAAGGAAAACACAAGGCUUACCUAACCGAGGCGACAUUCCCGCUGGAUGGACUGGUUAGGUGGAGACCGCAGCCAUCACUUCCCGUUUUUCAGAAAUCAUUGCGUUUUAAUAAUCAUUUCCAAAUGAACUAAUUUCUGUUCUUCGAAGGCAACAGUUGAGAAAACUCGGUGUAAAUGUAUCAGGGAAAUAAAAAGCCUUUUUAAUCA